AUGGCCAAAAGGGCACUAAGUGCUUCAAAGAAACUGAAGAGACAGUCAGUUAUUGGAGAAUGGGAGUUAACUAAAGCUCGUAGAAGAGAUGAGGAAUUGCUUGCUUCUCAAGAAAGAGCACUACACGCUGGUGUUGAAGCUGGUGUGAGAGAACUUCUUGAUGGGAAGACUCACGCGGAGCUUGUACAACUGCAGUUUGACAUCGAAUCGCAGCUGCGCUCUGGAGCAGCCAAAGUGGUAGAGUAUAGGGAAGCGGUUCUUAAACGCCUCAAUAGAUAUAAAGCAAAGGCUUGCUUGAAGAAAUAAACGCUGAGAUACUUCAACUUUAAACGACUUCGGUACAGGCGAUAAGGUGAUUGGA